AUGAUGGCGGACGCUCGGGAGGAUGCACGAGCUCUCUUCGGGGCCAGCGUCCGCGCUGCACUAGAGGCCUGGCCGGCCUUGCAGAUCGCUGUGGAGAAUGGCUUCGGUGGCGUGCACAGCCAGGAGAAGGCCGAGUGGCUGGGGGGUGCGGUGGUGGAGUACUUUAUUCGCAAUGCCGACUUGGAGCUAGAUGAGGUGGAGGACUUCCUGGGAGAGCUGAUGACCAAUGAGUUUGAUACGGUUGUGGAGGAUGGGAGUCUGCCCCAGGUGAGCCAGCAGCUGCAGACCAUGUUCCACCACUUCCAGAAGGGUGACGGGGCUGCUUUGAGAGAGAUGGCCUUCCACAUCACCCAAAGAAAGUGCAGGGUCACAGCAACUGCACUUAGGACAGCCAGAGAGACUGAUGAGGAUGAAGAUGGUGCAGACAGUGUGGAAGAAAUGGAGGUCACAGCUAUGAAUGAUGGGGCUGCUACAGAUGGGGUCUGCCCCCAGCAUGAACCCUCUGAUCCAGAUUCCCAGACUAUUAAGGAAGAAGAUAUAGUGGAAGAUGGCUGGACCAUUGUCCGGAGAAAGAAAUGAAUGGGAAUGGAAAUGGUUUGGGCCCUCGUUGGCUGGUUGUUUUGAGACUUGUUUAUUAUAAGGACUUUUUUGGAGGGCUGUAGACCUCUGGACUGGUUACCUAUCCCCCAUCCUCUCCCUUGUUCCCCUGUCCAGCUCCCUCCAGGGGAAGAAAAGCCCUAGGGAUCUUUGGUCUUGGGGGUGGUGGAGCCUGAUCUACCAUACCCUCUCAGGCCUCAAGUUACCAUCUGAGUGAUGAGGCCAGGUUUCCCAGCACAGUGCCCCUUGGGUGCAGUAAUUGUGAAGAAGGGGGACUAGUGAGUUUGGAUGUGGCUGGAGAAGGAGCUAAGACACUGACAAUGGGCAGGUGGAUUUGUGAAGAAAGAGGACCAGUGGGAGAACUAGUACUCAGCACCAGGGGGCUGGCUGGGUCAGUGAGAUGAACAUGCACAUGGAAGAGAGAAUAGUUGAAGAUUCGAAUGAAAGUAGCUGUGGUGCCUCUUUACCCCACCAUGCCCACACAAAGUAGCUCUGUACCCCUGCCCAGAACUUGGAAUUUCCCAGGAAUGUCCCCUUCUUGCAGCCCAGCCUCCAGCCCUGAGUUUCCUUGGGAAUUCUGAGACCUGGGCUAGGUGGUGAGCUUGGGAGAGCUGGGCUUUCUUUUCUGUCUCCUCCAUCUUCUUUCCUGUCUAUCCCAUCUGAUUUAAGUCCAGGGAUGAGGCUCAAGACCUUAAUAAGUAAUACCUUAUUGUUUAAUCUGUGGCUUGAGUAGCCUUGGAAUCAGCUUUCUGGGAGCUGAGCUUCAGAGUUUGGCAAGGGAGCGGUUACUGGGCCCACCCUAGCAACUUGGUACUUUGGACAAACAAACAGAUGGACGGAUGGAGCACAGUAGUGCUCGGAAAGCUACUGUAAGCCUGAAAUAAACUGUAUUUUUCUUUAAAAAAAAACAA